AUGGUGACCUUUAGGAGCAGCAGCGAUUAUUCUUCCAGUUCUUCGGAAGAGGAUUUCAGACCUUCCACAGUCAAAGCUCGAGCUAAGGAGAAUCGUGAUGCAUCCGUUGACAAUCGACGAGUCACUUAUGAUGGGCUCAGGAAGAGAAAAGCUGAGGAUGACGAGUCGGAGGAUCGUUUACGAAGAAGAGACCGAAUUGAUCGUCGGAUAGCAGCGACCGAGGAGAAGCUCGUCUCCCGUGCUGAGGGUGUAUCUUCAGACUCUGAUGCUUUAGAGGAUGAAUCCAUGUGGGUACCGCUGGAGCAUGAAGUCAAGCCAGACCGGUUCACUAGAGAAAUUGAUAAGUUGGCCCGAACUGAUCUUGAGGCUGAGCGCGAAGAGGAGGAAUGCUGGGACGCCUAUGAAGAGGAUAUUCAUCCAGACUUCCUCAACAUCCCUGAUAGUGAUUCUGAUGAAGAACGCGAAGAUGAUUCAGCAGAAGACGAUGAUGAGCCUGACGAUUCUGACAAAUCCGAUGACUCUGAUGAAUCUGACUGA